UCUCUCUCUCUCUCUCUCUCUCUCUCUCUCUCUCUCUCUCUCUCUCUCUCUCCAUUUCUCCACAGACAUGAAACAUCACCGCAGCCCCAACCCAUCUCUCUCUCUCUCUGCCCAUCAUCGGAUCUGACUUUCUCCCGAAAACCCACAAUCUGAUUUCUUCGAAUUCUCCAAACACGCGGAACCCCUAAAUUCCACGACACAAAUCGAACACCUAGUCUCGACAGAUUCUCCGCCUUUGACGAGAAACUCCCUGAAACGUCUGAGAUUUUGGGCAUCCCUCCCUCGUUGCCCAGAUUCCGGCGGGGCAUUUUCCGAUGGGAAUGCCUUUGCUUUCCUCUGUCACACGACAAUGAGCAAACCAAACGACGAAGAAGACGAGGAGGAGGAGGAGGAGGAGGAGAACAACUGCUUCUACGAGUCUCUUGAUCGCUUGGUCUCUUCCUCUUCCUGCUCCGCUUCCAACUCCGAUUACGAUUACGAUUCCGAGCCCACCAAUUCCGAUUCCUCUCCUCCGAUCUCCUCCGCCGCCGACACUCGUCGUCGUCGCAACCCAUUCCCCGUCCCGCGGUUCCCAAUGGGUGCAUCCAGGUUCGACGUCUGGAUCUCUGAACCAGCUUCUGUGUCCGAGAGGCGUUCGAGGCUUUUGCGCGAAAUGGGUCUCAGCCGCGACCGGGGCGUCGUCCGGUUAAAACCCGCAUCCGCCGGAGAAUUCGGGGACUCGUUGGAUUUUCCCCGAUCAGCUUCGUCUUGUCAGUUGACCCGGCGAUAUCACGGGGAGUGUUCGGGAAGUGUCGGCGACGGCGCUUCGGGCGUGGUGAGAUCGAAAUCCGACGGUUCCGCCAAUCAGAGCGGCGACAACCGUGAUCGUCGGCACCCGCAGAGUAGUUCUUAUUCGUUUUCGUGUUCCGAUUCUAAAAUCUCUGUUCCCUCGCAUGCGGAGACCAGCAGGUUCAAUCCGCAAUCUGUAAAUACUAAUGGUGUCUACAAUGUGGAUAAUGGCGACAAGGGUCAUGUCGCCGACAGAUCAGUUGAUGCUGAUCUUGUAAUGAUUCGUGAGGGAACUGGGGGUUGCCCUGGUGAGUGUUUCCGUUUAAAUGGAAACUCUGGGUGUGAUUCUUCUUCUUGUGUGUUGAGAAACCCUAAUGGCAGGGUAGAUGAGCAGGAAGUGGAUUUGAGUGAGCAAGUGUGCACUAUCAAGAAUCUGGAUAAUGGGAAAGCUUUCGUGGUGAAUGAGAUUCAGGAAGAUGGGACAUGGAAAAAGUUGAGGGAAGUUGGAACAGGAAGACAGUUGACCAUGGAGGAGUUUGAGAUGUCUGUGGGGCAUUCUCCCAUAGUCCAGGAGCUGAUGAGAAGACAGAAUGUGGAGGAUUCUGACAAGAAUGUCAUGAGUUCCAAGGAGAACGAGGAAAAUGGUAAUGCAUCCAAGGUCAAGAAAAGAGGAGGGUGGUUUCAGAGCAUGUUAAAGAACGCUACGAGCAGUAUGACGGGCAGUAAAGAGAGACGGAGCAGUGAUGAUCGGGAUACAUCAUCUGAGAAAGGUGGGCGUAGGUCAAGCUCCGCGACAGAUGAUUCCCAGGAUUCGUUCUUUCACGGGCCGGAAAGAGUUAGGGUUAGACAGUAUGGGAAAUCGUGUAAAGAACUCACAGCAUUAUACAGGACCCAGGAGAUUCAGGCACAUACCGGCUCUAUUUGGAGUAUUAAGUUCAGUUUGGAUGGUAAAUAUCUUGCUAGCGCUGGAGAGGAUUGCAUCAUCCAUAUCUGGCAGGUUAUGGAUGCUGAAAAGAAGGGAGAGUUGUUGCUGGAUAGACCGGAAUUGUUGCUUUUGGCAAACGGGUCACCAGAAACGACAACAAUGUCUCCGAGGAGAAGAGGAAGAGCAUCGAUAAGUAGGAAAUCAUUGAGCUUGGAGAACAUAAAGGUUCCAGACUCGGUUUUCGGGCUUUCAGAAAAACCCUUUUGCUCCUUCAGGGGACAUUUGGACGAUGUUCUUGAUUUGUCAUGGUCCAAUUCUCAGCACUUGCUCUCUUCAUCAAUGGAUAAAACAGUUCGUUUAUGGCACCUUUCCAGCCAGACCUGCUUGAAAGUGUUCUCCCAUAGCGAUUACGUGACAUGCAUUCAGUUUAAUCCGGUCGACGAUAGAUACUUCAUCAGUGGAUCAUUAGAUGCAAAAGUUCGUGUCUGGAGCAUCCCGGACCGUCAAGUUGUCGACUGGUACGAUCUCCAUGAGAUGGUCACUGCUGCUUGCUACACUCCGGAUGGUCAGGGUGCUUUGGUCGGUUCUUACAAGGGUAACUGCCGCGUGUACAGCGUGUCUGAGAACAAGCUGCAACAAAAAAGCCAAAUCAAUCUACAGAACAAGAAAAAGAAGGCUCACCACAAGAAGAUUACGGGUUUUCAGUUUGUGCCUGGAAGUUCAUCUGAAUUGCUUGUCACGUCUUCGGAUUCGCGGGUUCGUAUCGUCGAUGGUUCAGAUCUGAUGUACAAGCUUAAAGGGUUCCGGAACACGAACAGCCAAAUCUCGGCCUCCACGACAGCAGACGGGAAAUAUGUGGUCUCGGCGAGCGAGGACUCUCAGGUGUACGUAUGGAAAUACGAACCGGUUUCCCGACCAAGCAGAAGCAACAAAGGCGUGACGGUUACAACCUCAUACGAGCAUUUCCACAGCCAGGACGUGUCGGCGGCUAUCCCUUGGCCGGGCAUGGCAGCUGUUCCAGACACAUGGGGAGAGAUCCGGAACAGAACCGGGUUCGGCAAUAACAGCAGCAACCUGGACGAGGUUUCCACAGCAAACCACCCGCCGACGCCUGUGGACGAGACGAUGGACCAGGACGGUUACAGGAACAGUCCAAGGAACGGGAUCGUCUCGAGCGAGACAAACGGGUAUCUGUUCGACAGGAUCUCGGCGACAUGGCCAGAGGAGAAACUCACGUCUGGAAGGAGGAACCAAGGAGGCAGCCCUCGAGUGAGUACGGACACAUCGAGUAGAGUGGUUAACCAGAACAUGUCGUCUGCUUGGAACAUGGUGAUCGUGACUGCCGGUCUCAGAGGAGAGAUUCGAACCUUCCAGAACUUCGGAUUGCCGAUUCGGAUUUGAAAAAAGUGUACAGAGAGAGGAGCGAGGUUUGUACUGCAAGUGAGUUUUCUAUUUUCUAUUCUAUUCUUCUUCUUCUUCUUCUUCCAUAUAUAGAAGAUUCGUUUGGAGAGAUGAAGAAAAAAGAGGAAAAAACCAUACUGUGAGUUUUAGAAACCGAUGUUAUUUGUAAGUCGGGGCUUUGUAGAGAGUUUACAGAGACACGAACAAGAGUUCAUUGAAUUGGAAAUAGAAAAAAAAAAGGGAAGAUUCUUUUGUUUUCUCCU